UUAUUAACAAAAAUGAAUCCAUUGUUUUCAUGCUGUGCAUACUAUUGCACUGGAGUCUCAAUCGUUGGGAUCUUCUUUUACUCAGUCAUCUUGAUCUUCUUGGCCACGAAUAAUCAAUACUUGCUAUUCCAGGAAGAAGAAAAGAAAACUGACAGAAUGAUCGCAGUCGGAAUAGCCAUGGGACUCCAAGCAGUGUGCAUCGUAGGGUACUGAACUUGCCUUUACUUCACUAAAGGAAAAGGAGAAGAUGAGGUUCAACAAAGAGAGAGGCCAGUGUUUGCUGCAUAUAAUGAUGAAGAUGAAUAACUUAUUUUGAUAAAUAAAUUGCAGUAUAC